UGGUACACAAUUUUAAUUCUACAAAAACAUAUUUGCUUUUUUUUUAAUGUAAACGGUUUUAUAUGGAUUUCUGGAGUGUAUUUAUUUGCUAGAAUGGUCAAGUUUUCAAAUUAACACCGGAAGUAGCCAUUUUGACUAGUGUGGUAGCUUCCCAUGCCCACUUUGCCGCUACUUUAACAAGCCGGCCAUUAUUUUGUAAAGAAGUCGUCAUUGUUAGUGUUUGGCGGAAAAUUUAGCUUUUAUAACUUUAGUUCGACGUAUUUGUGUUAAACAGCCUCAAUUAGUUGCGCGAAUAAGUUUUAUUUAUUUUCAAACAAUGGGAGACGAAAAAAAGGGUAACGAAACCGAGCACAUUAACUUGAAAGUGUUGGGUCAAGAUAAUGCAGUGGUACAAUUUAAAAUCAAAAGGCAAACGCCUUUAAGAAAAUUGAUGACUGCCUACUGUGAACGUGCUGGUUUAAGUACAAAUGUUGUCCGGUUUCGUUUUGACGGCAAUCCAAUAAGCGAAGCAGAUACCCCAACAACCUUAGACAUGGAAGAGGGUGACACUAUUGAAGUAUACCAGCAACAGACGGGAGGGUAUUGUUAAGUUCACAUUAAUUUUUAUUCAUUUAAUGUAUUCCUACCUUAACCACAUUCACAACUACUCUAAAAAGCAAAAGGGCAAAUUGGAAGUAGAAUAAUGUUCAAUUAGACCUUAAGUCAACUUUUUUUUUUAUUAAUUUGUCCUGUUGCAUAGUUCAUUUCCAAAAUUGAAACUAUUCUGUUUGCUAACAGUAGGUCUGAUUUUUGUAAUUAAAGAAAAUGCUCUAGAAUAAAUACCAGUUUUUCAGA